UGGCAGCAGCAGCAGCAGCGGCAGACCGAACUCGCGACUGAGUCUCGUACCUACUUCGAGGCGGCUUGGCGGAGUCAGUUCUGAUCGCGGUAUCGAGCCGUUCGCACGUGUUAUUUGAGGUCGUGGAUGCGUGACGUUGAAAACCGUUUACUCAAGGCACAAUUCGUUAUCGCUUGAAACAGGAAUUUAGUCAAAUACGACGGCGCUACUUGUUUAAUAUUUUUCUACGAAAGUGACAGAGUCAAUGUUCGUGACGUCGUCGUUACUACGCGUACGGUUUUAAUCGAAUAUUUUAAAAUUUAUUUUUUACCUUGUAAACAUACGUAAACACUGCGUAAUAGUUGGAAGUUACACCGUUUUCAACUUUUCGGCGAACUUACACUUGUCGUAUAUCACUGUGAUUGGCACUGACAGUUAUACUCGGGGAGGAAGACAAUUGGCACAUUGGAACGUUUUAACCACCUUAGCCAAGUUUUAAUAUUGAGUUUCAUCAACCGUCAGUCUUCGCGAGACGCUACGAGGGAUAUGAACACACGUGGUCUUCAGUGUCCGUCCAUAUCAACGAUCUGCGCGCACUUUACAACAGUUUACAAACAAUACGGCAAUAGGUACUGAAAUAUUGGAAAGCAAUUGUGUGUGAAAGUGUUAUUUUUAUUAUAUUUAACUACGUUUUUAACACAUCCGAUUUAUAUCCGCUGUGAGGAUUGACUUGAAAACGUUUUAAUACAAGUGAACAACACAGCGAGUUGUCAUUCUUUUUUAUUGGACUUAAAAACGACAACCAUAACCAGAAGGACAACGACAAAAAAACCUUUCAAAAUUGAUGUUAUAAGAAGACAAAUUAUGGUAGCAGAAUUUGUCGCCCGUCAAAAUGGAUCGCCCAUCAACGGUGAAACCGCUUGCCUGAAUUUAAAUAUGCCGGGAGGACACAGUAUGGCUCACGCAGGUCACGGAGGACCUCACACGGGGGGACAUCACGGCCCUAUGCCGCCCCUGACUCACCCGGCCCAUCCCGGUCACCAGAGUCAUCACGGGGCGCAAAGCACGUCGCAGCACUCUCACAGCGACACCGAGAGCCAAAGUCAUCCGGAUACAUACGGGCCGAACUUCGACCUCAGGAAGGAGCUCUUCUCCCAGAGGAAACAACGGGAGUUCAUACCCGACAAUAAGAAAGACGACAGCUACUGGGACAGGCGUCGGAGGAACAACGAGGCCGCCAAGAGGUCGCGGGAGAAACGCCGUUUCAAUGACAUGGUGCUGGAACAGCGGGUGAUGGAGCUUAGCAAAGAGAACCACAUUCUGAAGGCCCAGCUUGAAGCGAUACGCGACAAAUACGGUAUAUGCGGCGAGUCGGAGAUAAGCGCCGAGCACGUGCUCGCUGCUUUACCGACCGAACCACCGCUCGUCAAACGACCCAAACUCCCGCCGACCGCCGCUAUCUUAUACGCCAGGUCUCCGAGCCCUGUUCCCACAUCGGUAAUCCACCAACCCGUCAGCGGCGCGAGGUCUCCCAGGUCACCUGCUCAGCUAUACGUCCCGGAAACGACGGCCUACCCCGAGACCGACAGUUUCCAGUACACCUACAGCCAUCCGGCGAUGCAUUUCGACACGACGAGCGCCCUCAACUUGUCAAGGGGUCGCAGGACCCAGUCACCCUUCGAGGUCUCAUCGGGCAGCGGCGACGAGGGCGGACCCCAGGUUACCGCCGCUCAGACAACUGUUAAUAACAGCCUGCCACACAAGCUCAGACACAAGUCGAGGAUCGGCGACAAGGACGCCGCUAGCGCUCUCCUCGCCUUGCAGGGUAUAAAGCAGGAACCCGGCCCACGAGCCUCCCCGCCCUGGGACAACGAGGGAUCCAGCGACGAGAGAGACUCCGGGAUAUCCCUCGGGGCCGAGUGGCCCGGUCCUGGAAAUCUUGCCCCCGUUCCCGAGACCGAGCACGAAGUCAAGUCGAGGCUCGAUCGUUUAGCGUCAGAGGUCGCCUCGUUACAGUUGAUACUCCGUCUGAGCAAGUCUGGAGAUGCCCAACAGCAGCAACAGCAACUGCAACAGCAACUGCAACAGCAACCCCAACAACAACAACAACAGCAGCCGCAGCAGCAGCAACAGCAGCAGCAACAACAACAACAACAACAACAGCAGCAGCAGCAGCACCAACAGCAGGCAGCGCAGGUUCCUAUCACUGCGGCACAGUGAAAUAUUACGGUGCACGUAUUUCCAAUGUUGGAAAUAUCACGCGUGAUGAUUCUGUAUGGAUAUAUACCGAUUACCCGAUGAACGGACAGACAUCAAUGUAUAUUUACAAACGACGUAUUACCGCCCGGUUCCGUUUUUACCCACGACUCUUUCGUACGAGUCGAAAAUGAUUGUAAAAGCCGGAUUUACACGGGGUAAUGGAUUAAUCACAUCCCGUCCUCUUCUGUCCCUUCGGACCUCAAUUUAUUACGGUACCGCUCCCCAUAUCUCUUCAAAUCGUGCCCCGUAUCCAAGUUUUUCAAAUUCUGUAACUUCUGCGAGAAUAUCGUUAUAUCGAAAAAAUAUAUAUAUACAUAUAACUAAGAUUUUUCAUAUAUACUUUGAUAAAAUACGAAUUUACGAUUUCAAGCCUUCUAUUAUUGAAUUUUAUUCGAUCUAUUGAUACAUCUGUACGGUCCUAUGCAUUGCACAUCAGUCAUUGUAAUCACGCUUGCAAACGAUUUCUUUAUUGCUUUGACCGUAUUUAUCUUGGAAACAACGAAAUUCUCAAACUUGAACUUGUAGCAGACUAGCAGACUUGGCGAUGACUGAGAGAAUAUUCAGGUAGUGGAUAACGAAAAAAGUUACCAAGAAAAGAAACAAACAAGCAUACUGCAAGUAUCAACAGUAUUCCAUGUGAUUGAGUAUAUUGAAUAAUAACUUUCGAAGCGUUUCUUUUCUCGCGUACUUGCAUCGAUAUCGACAAAAAUUUGAGAUGGAUACGAAUAACUAGUGGAGCGGAAAGUCUACGGAUGGUUUCUAAAGUUUCGCCCUGGCGUUGAGGAUUUCAGGGUGGACGUUUUAUAGCUGUUGAAGAACAACAAUAUGCAGAUAUAUGUGUGUAUACUGUAUACAUAUAUAUAUAUAUAUACGAUUUGUGUUACGUUAUGGAGAGACCGCUAGACCAAUAUGCGUAAACAAAUAAUGAUGAUAACAAUCACAAUAUGAAUUUUAAUGACGAUUCUGAUAAUAAUAUGAUAAUGUUAAUAAUAAUGAUAUAAUAUUUUUCGCCACCAUUGUGUACACCUGAUGUUAUUACUACACUAAACCACCACGACUGCUACUGCUACUGCUACUGCUACUAUACUAUUACUAUUACUACACUACUACUAUUACUACUAUUACUACUAAUAUUAUUAUCGGUAUAAUUAUAAAGCAUCGCUAGCUACUUUCAAUCCGUGAAAUCCUAUCUCUCUGAAUGCAGUAUAGGUGUAAUCGGAUUUAUACUACGCGUAUCGAUGCAACCAUCGCCACCACGAUAUUUCUAAAACAAUGAUUGCUAUUUAUUAAUCAAAUAUCAUCAUAUUCUUACCGACUAUAUAUAUUUAUAUUAUUCGUGAUGCAAUGAAAGUCGAGGGAAUUCGCAAUUUUACAAAUAUCACCACUGUAUACAACGCAACGUUUGUUGACAGUACUCACUCAUUUCGAUUCGCUUUUUGUCACUAUAUAUUUUAUACUUCUGUCCGUAGUUUUCUAUCCUCGACUCCUUCGCCGCCUAAUUUUCAAUUUUCUUCUGGUUUCUGAAUUGUUUUGAAACCGAUUGAGACUUGCGGAAUCGAAGAUCUUCUUCAGUACCCAAUUAUCCAGUAUUGUUAAUAUUAUUGUUACUAUUACUGUUAUCACUUUUGUUGUUAUUUUUAUUAUCUUUAUUAUUAUUAUCAUUUCUAGAGAAGAAACACUUGUUCUUGCCUUCACUUGCGGUAUUUAGGAAGGAAUUAAAAAAAAAUAAUCCUUAUUUGGAUAAUUGCUGGCGCCAUGGUGUGUAAUGUUUCACUUGAAACAGUUUAAUAUUUACGAAGAUCUUCGAUUUCGAUAAUCCAACUAAAUUCUGUACUUACCACAUCUUAGCAUGAAUUGCUUUUCAUGAGGCGUUGAAAAUCGCAUAACUGGAUGAUGUUAUUAAAAUAAUAUAUACAAUUGCUUUCGGAUUUAACAAUAACAAUGUCUGUCGAUCGAUCAAAAUGGACGAGAAAAAAAAACGUUCGAUAUGUUCAUCAAUAUAAAUGACCAUCGACGAUUCUGUCUCUAUUUACAUCACUUUUACGAAAUUAUACAGAUUCAUAUAAAUAUAUAAGUAUGUGUAUAUAAUGAAUAUAUCCAUAAAUAUGUCUACGUACAAUACACAAACAUUAUAUAUUUAAGUCAUAUAUUUUUCGAAUGCGAACAUCAAUGUAUUUUUGGAUAUCACGUAUAUAAUAAGAGUUGAGUAAAAGAAAGGAAUUGGUAACAAAAAAUUGGACAUCGUUUAUAUUUACAUGGAUGUGCGAAAAGGAGAUAGAGGAGGGGCACCGAAAUGUGGCUAUAAUCUAUCAUCCGAAUCUAGGCCGCAAACGAGACAUAACAAACUUGAGUAAAACAAGGAAAGAUAAAAGUUAAACGUACAUAAACAGAAUCAUUUGAAACUAUUCUAAACUAUUACAUAUAAACUAGGAGAGAUUUGAGAGACAUGAAGUAUAUUUGAAAUUAGUACGGAUAUAAUUACAUGGGUCGAGCAUUGCUUCGUCGCGUUAUAAAGUUUCAUUCGAUUCCAUUAUGCGUUUCUAAGGGAAUGUGUAAAUAAAUUAACAAUCGUUCGCCGUAUUUUAAAAAAAAAUGAAAAAAUAAAAAAUAAUCACAAAAAUGUGGUGCAAAAAGUAACUUUGACGCGGAAGAAUAUCUGGCCCAUGAAAUCGUACGUUAUACAAUAGGGUAUACACAGUGUAACUAUAUAAAAGUUUAUCUAUUACCAGUAAUAAGAGUAAUAUUAAUAAUAGUGAUAACAAUAAUAACAACAACGCUAUAGCAUCAUUACCGUUGUAUGCAUGCAUAUGUUUGUACAUUUAUAUAUACAUAUGUAUUGUUAUAUCAUAUUAUAUUGUAUGUUAAGAAAAACACUAAUAUUGUAGACGUAACCAGAAAUUAUUUAUUAUAUUAACUGUAUGUGUAAAAUUGUAUACUAUUUAAAGAAAAACUUACACGCAAUACACAAAUACACACACUCAAACAAACGACCAUACUGUCUAUAAUUUUAUAUAAAUAUUAUAAUAUUGUAAGAAAUCAUUAAACAGCAAGAGAAUAAUCAUAAUAACAGUUAAAAUUGCACCCCAUUUAGUAACAAUACUCAACUAAGAUUUCUCGUAUUGUGUUAUAUAAAAUAAUAUGAGUGUGAAAUUUGAAGUGCAAUUGUUUCUACACGUAAUUGCGAGAAUAUAUUUUGUGUCGAGGAUGUUUUUGUUGUUGUUUUUGUCUUGGCAAGAGGGGAGAGGCGGGGCGUUUGAACUUGUACGUAGCUAUAUCAUUAGGACCGUAGAUAAGAAUAUGACAGACACAUGAAAUUCUAGCCGCAGCCAGAGCCACAGCUAACGUGAUAUAAAAAUAAUCAAUUUUUACUAUAAUGAAGAUAAUUCUGAUGGUGAUAAUUUAUGAAAAUAACAAUUGAUUGAUCCUCUGUAAGCCCAAUGCAAGACUGUUUAUAAAUAUUGGUGUUGAAAAGAUGAAAAUAUUAUGCAUAUAUCGUACGCAGGUAUACAGGACUGAAGUUUUCCUAUUCUAUCUGUCAUUGUUUUUAUAUCGUUUGCUACUUUUAUUAUAUGUAUAAAUAUAUGAUACAUACAAAAUAUAGUGUAGUUCAGUAUGCAUACAUAUUAUACAUACAUAUAUAGUAUAAAUAUAAAUAAUAUUUAUAUGACUUGUGAGGUAAGGAGAAUUAUUAUAUGAGAAAGUAAAAAACUAAAAAAAAACUUUAAAAAAAUUUUUAAAUAAAUAACACCGUGGAAAAAAUAUUGAUAGAAGUGCUAUGUCGACUAGAUAUAAAAGUGAUAUAUGUAUACUUUGUGCAUUAUAAUAAUACAACGAUCAUGGUAAAGUUUUGAAAUUUUUUCGUAUGUUUAUUAUAUUAUGUUUAUAUGCAACAAAUAUGCAACGUACCGUAAUAUUUGAUCUUGAUAUGCCUUAAGUGUGUGAUUUGUUAUAUACAAAUUACGUCUCGGUGAAACCCUAUCGAACGCGAUUUAUCAAUUAUUAUACACAUUAGAUUCUAAUUAUUUAUUGGUUAAACGUUAUCAUUCACUGUUUUUUUUUUUGGUUUUUUUUCUAUUUCUUUUCUAUUGUUCGUGAAAAACGACGAGUGUAUAUAGAUAUAUUUAUGUAUAAUCUUGAUCAAAUAUGCAGCACAGGUUCGAGAAAAACAAAAAUAUAAUUCUGAGGGUGGCAAGUUAAUAGGAAAGAAAUGUAGAAAAAGGAAAGAAGAAAACUGCUCUGUGUGUUGUAAGUUCGGUAACCCCAAAGUGAGAAAAAACAAUUUCAAAACAUGCCGCGAUGUAUUUCAUCACCCGUGUAGCAUAUACAUAUAGACAUGUAGAUAGAUACAUAUCUACAUUUUUAUGCAAAUUUGAUGAAAUUUUUCUAACUAGUAUUUUUUAACUAGAGCAGAAUAUUUGAAAGUUAGUGGCAGAUAUUUACUCAGGAAAGGUGCGCAACAUGAUCGAUAGCUUUUUAUUGCGAAGAAGCGACAAAUAUUGCCUGAGUACGUACUGUAUAAUUAUAUAUAAUAUCUAAUAAGUAUGUAUAAUAUAAAAACAUAUCUAAGGAGCAUAUGUAUAUAUGAACACGUCAACACAUGUAUACACUACACACACCAUACAUUGGAUUAGGGCGUCGACUGGUGAAUAAAUGUGCCUAGUAAUAGGAAUAUGUUUAA